AAAGUGUGAUUUAUAUAGUUUUUCGUGUAGCAUUAACCAUACUUUUAUAAAAAAAAUAUCAAAAAAAUUAUAGCUACCGCUACUGUACAUAAAUGAUAAUACAUAGUAACAUCAUACAAAUCCCCCAAAUGGUUUUAAAUUUUUGGUCGUUCCGACCAUGUUAAACCAACCGUUAUUGGAACUCAGCAUCAUAGAUACUAGGCGUCAUCGAUUCGCCAAUGGUUGAUAACCAGAAAGCAUAUCCACUUGAAAUGGAAUGUGUGAAGACGGUCUGAGAGCUGCCACCUCAAAAUAAAAGUAUAAGUUUUCUUCCAUCCGGAACCGCAAUUUCUGUACAAGCUGGCAACAAUUGGAUGCUAUUUACGAACACCAUUAACAAAACAGCAUUGAUAAAGCUGAUUACAUAUAGCAUAAGAACGUCUGGCCUCAUUUCUUCAUGCCAAACGGAUCACCAAAAGACGAAGGAGAGGGAAACAACAAUGGAGAGCACCACAAAACAGCACCAAGAAGCUUGCGGUUACAAAAAAUAGUCAACAAGCGACCGUUCAUAGUCCCAAGACAAUACAAUGCAAUAAAAGCAUAAUUAUUUGCACACAUACCAAAUACAGCGCAAUGUUCUUUAAUUAAAUUAUGAAAGUAGUGACGCGUCGUGGGUACAAAUGUUGUUUAUGAUAGCAAAUGGGGUAGGUGCGAUUGGUUUUUGGUGUUACUCAUUUAGGUAUGAUGGCUGUGCCGGCAAAAUAUACUUGUAUUUCAUCGAUAAUUGCAGCAGAAAACCAAGAUACGAAUUUCGUGCAAGAAGAAUUAUUUCGUGAAGUUCUGCCUUAUUUAUCAGAUUUCCGCAAAAUUGAAUAGCUGAAGUCUACGUAAUCGUUAGUGUAUGCAUAUCGAACUAUAUUGAAAAUAAUAUCAAUAUUGCUUAAAAAGCAGAUGUAAGUAAUGGCAUCACUGCGCCUGAUUAAUAGAUUAGUAUUGCGUGGAUUCAUAUCAUUAACACUACUGCUAGCCUUCUUCAACGAAUUUAUUAUAUACUACAUCAGUCAGACUGCUUGGCAACAAAUUGAUUGUGAAUACGACAACUGUACGCGUAUAUUAUUUGUGGCUGAUCCACAGCUGAUUGGCAAUUCUUACGAAAAAGGCUUUUGGAGUCCGAUAUCCCGUUAUGAUGCAGAUAGAUAUUUGCGCAAGACUUUCGAGCGAUCGCUACACUUCACUCAGCCACAUAUCAUUUGUUUUUUGGGUGAUCUGUUGGACGAGGGUAGUAUUGCCACACAGCAAGACUUCGAUGCCUAUGUAAGACGUUUUCAUCGCAUUUAUAACACACACACAGAUGUAAAAUUUAAAUUAAUAUCUCCAUAUGCGCAGCGCAUUCAUGUGCCGGGGGAUAAUGACAUUGGCGGCGAAGAUGGUGAAUAUAUAUCAAAUUCGAACGUGCAUCGUUUCGAAGAAGCUUUUCAAAGUGAAGAUCUCUUCGAUUACGAAAAUAUGUUACGUUUCUUCAAAAUCAACCGAAUGAUGCUCGACUUUACGAAUCCAGAUCGUGAGCACAACAAACAACGGCUGCGCGUUGGAAUAUCCCAUGCUCCAAUUCUUAUUGGAGGUGGGCCACUUUUGCGUUCAGUGCUCAGCGAAUUAGACCCACAUGUCAUAUUCUCUGGACACUGGCAUGAAUCCAGGAUUUUCAUACAUCCAUCGACUCACGUAGUGAAUUUCUAUGAGUCGACGGUACGACACUUUGAUUUGCGUGGCCUAAAAGAAAGAGAGCAUCAGUACUUGGAGAUUAUGGUGCCAACAGCUUCGUAUCGCAUGGGCAAAACGAAGAUGGGACUAGGAUAUGCUGUGUUAGAAAAUUACCAACUUAGCUACACAGUUCUCUGGCAGCCCAGCCGUUUUAUUUACCUAUUUCUAUACUUGUUUUGGCUAAUUCUAUCAUUGUGUGGCUUUAUAGUGUUUCGAAUGAUGACACGAUGUCCUUUUCGUGUAGCCAAACGUCAAUCGGCAUACAAUCGUAUUUUAAGCGUAACUCAGUUUUAGAGAUUUUGAAGACUUUGAAAAAAAAAAAUAUAUAUGUAUAUGUAUAUAUAAAGACCAAUAAGCAACUGAUAUAUAUUAGAUAGCAAAAUAGUAAAAAAAAACGCGCAAAUGCUUCGUAACCAUGUAAACCUCGUAAACUUACUUAAUUUUGUAUAGAAAAUAUGGUUAUUUACGAGGUUUACGCGGUUACGAGGCAUUUACGCGUUUCCAUGAACACCAAUAAUAUUAGAUAGCAAAAUAGUAAAAAAACGCGCAAAUGCCUCGUAACGCACAAAUGAGGUAACCAUGUAAACCUCGUAAACUUACUUAAUUUUGUAUAGAAAAUAGGGUUAUUUUCGCGGUUACGAGGCAUUUACGCGUUUCUAUGAAUACCCAUAAUAUUUAUAUAUAUUUCGUAGUUUAAAGUACCGAACCGCGUAUCGUAAUUCUGCAAAACUGCGUAUCUGACAUUUGCUGCCAAAAAUUGGAUUUGCUCACACAAGCUCUUGGGUCAAUCCUUAUCCAUUCGACCUGAAAUAUAC